AUGGAUCUCGAAAAAUGUUCAGCAAAUCAAGAAAGAACAUACCGAGUUGCUCUGCAGUUUUGCGAUGGCAAGUACUGGAUUUCUAAGAAACCAAAUGACACAGCUCAAACAGGUACGAGUUGUGUUGAUAUAAAAAAGAAAGGGUUGAGUCGCGGAGAUGGAGAAUAUUUGAUUGACCCGGACGGAGAUGGCGCUGGUAAACCAUUUCAAGUAUACUGUGAUAUGACCUCGUUUGGUGGAGGAUGGACAAUGUGUUACACGACAGACAGUCAUGUUAAUAUCAAAACUGAACUUGUCACCACACCUUCUCUUGGCUAUCGUGCAGAUUGUAAUAACAUACCGUUCACUGAAGUGAUAUUUGUUGAUGAAAAAUCCAAACAAAAAGCAGCCUUUAAAAAAAGUGGUUCACCUGUGACAUUCAAUGGAAAUUACAAUAAGCAGGCAAAUGCUUAUGGCUUGUGGACGGCGCAAGGUGUGGCCACAACGCAGUACAAAUACCAAAUGUUGAUAUGUGACUCAGCGUUCUACAAGGGGCUGCACUUCUCCGGGUUCACCAAAAACUGCUACAAACGGUGCAAUUACUGGUGUGGUGACAAUACCCCUGUCUACUUCCGCACCAGUUGUUUCUCAAGCCAAGGUUGCAACGGUGCUGCAUUCAACGAGAAUGGUCACAAACCGUUGCCAAAUCGCCUCAUCAGUGCAGGAAUUCGUUAA